AUGCGAGGUUACGAGAUGAUUUCUCAUAGGAUAGAAAAAAAGAAAAAAAGAAAAGAAAGUAAAAUGUGGAACAGAAUUUUCUAGCUUGAGGCAAAAUUCAAGUUUUUCAAGAAAAAUCGUUCGUUUACUUAAUUAACGAUUGAUAAUGAGUACAGUAAGUUAGAAUAAAUCAGAAAUGAGAGAAUGAAAUUUGUUUAAUUUUAAUUGUAUUUAUUUCUUAAUUUUUAAUAAAUUUGUUUUAUUUUUUUUGGGGGAGAAUAAUAAUUUAUAAUUAUAAUACAUUCGUGAUAUGAAUUAAUAUCUCAUGUCUGACCAUAUAUCUCCGUUACUACUUAUCCUUUGGAUUUUACGUAGAACUAGUGAAACAAGUAUAAUAAAAUAUGUCUACUUCUCGUAGUGAUCAACUGCUUUUGCACAUUAAACAUUAAUAUGCCAGACAGAGUUCUUUUUUUAAAAAAAAAAAAAAAGAAAACAAACGGAUUGGUUUUGAAGGGAGACUGAUUUGCCGGGAUUGUUUGCAGGUUUUUUGAAAACAGGUCCGAAGGGGAGCGCUCAAGGAAACUACGGGCUGAUGGAUCUGGUGGCAGGGCUUCACUGGUUGCACGAGAAUCUCGGUGCUUUCGGCGGCGACCCCGACAGGUUGACGCUGUUCGGGCACGGUACAGGUGCCGCGUUGGCCAAUUUUUUAGCCGUCUCGCCCAUGGCGAAAGGUAUUGAGAAAGUAUUGACAUCCUCGUUUGACAUUUGCUGCGAGCUUCUUUUUUCUAGUGGUUUUCGCGUAUCGAUAGCGAAAUGUUGGGUUUCAGAAGGAAAAAUGGCACUGGUACAUCUAGGUACUUUUAUCUUCAUGAAAAACAAAAUGACCAGAAAUGAGUUCACUAAAAGUACAAAUAUAACUAAUAUAUGAUAAUUAAUAUAAAAAUUUUUCUUCUUCUUCUUGCAACUCUAGCGUGUAUUUCAACAUAACAUAGAACAUAAAAUACUUUCAAUGAUUUAAAAUUUCUAAUUUUAACGCGAUCAUUUGAUAGGAUUCCAGUAAUUAUAGAACAAUAUUUUCUAAUUUUUCUAAUAACGUGGAUCAUUGUCCAGCUACAUCCUACAUAUAUUUCUGUAUUAUAUUUUAUAGUAUGUUAUAUUAUUAUAUUUAUUAUAUUAUUAUUUUAUAUAUUAUAUCAUUAUAUUAUAUUAUAUAUUAUAUUAUAUUAUUAUUAUUAUAUAUUUUAUAUUAUGUUAUAUUAUUAUAUUACUAUUAUUAUAUUUUAUAGUAUGUGAAUUCUAA